UUGAUAAUUUUUGUCAUCGCUUGUUGAUGUGCGGCUUGCAAAGUGAUUUAGAAUGAAAUUGUGAACAAAUUUGUCCAAUUUAAACGGUAUAAAGUAAAUAAGAGCGCCAAACGUAUAAAUUCAGGAUCACAACGGAACAGAUCAUGAGUCGUGGCACAUUCUUGGCAUUGAGCGCAACGUGAGAUUUCUAAUUUUCCCGUAAAAGUAAGCAAAAUUCGAAUAAUGGUCUAUAUACACUUUCCCACCAACCUGACUGAGGAGGAGCAGAUGCUUCAGGCGAAGUAUCAGAAGCUUAAGAAGAAGAAAAAGGCUUUGCAGGCCCAUAAAGCUCCCAAGCAGGAGCCGGAGAGUGCUCUUACGCUUAAGCGGCCAACCGAUGCUCGCGAUGCACGUGAAGUGGCCCGCAAAUUGAUUAAAAGUGGAGCCAUUCCGGCAAUACAGAAACAACAAACCAAACAGGAUCAGACCUCGUUUAAACGGCCCAAGGGUCAAGAGCGUGCCAAGCGUUCCACAUCUGAGACCAGUGUGGCCGCCUAUCAGCCAUUUUCGUCCACACAAAACGAUGUGGCCCAGGAGAUUAAUGAAAUCAUUAAGGAGGAGCCGCGCCGUCAAAACUUGUAUCAGCAUUUCGCAACCGAGCGAGACCGCGAGGAACGAGGCCUUACGGAGAAGACUACGCUGGAUACGCCACAACCAGAAAAACCUCGCGCUGGCAAUACAAUCUUUGUUUCCGGCAAUAAGGUCACUGAAGAUUUCCUAAAGAAAACAUUUAAUGACUAUGGCACAAUCGUUAAUGUGUCCAUGGAAAUUGAAAAGAGUCGAGGUUUUGUUUCGUUUGCCAAACCGGAAUCGGCGGACCGUGCUAUAGCCGAAAUGCAUGGCAAGAGUGUUAAUGGAAUAAAUUUGCAAGUACAACUGGCACGACGUCAACCUCAAAUUGAACCAAUUAAUGAUGCCUCAUCAUCGGCUGUGUGGUCAUCAAUUGCUGCUAGCAAAUCCCAGAAAGGCAGCCACAAAGAUCAUCGUGAAAUGGUGCAAUAUAAUGAGGAUUUCUUGCUUUAAGCCAUCAUUUAUUAGGUACAUUUUCAUUUUCUUACAUUCUUCAUUUGGCAUCAUCAACAACUACGGCCAUGUCGUAGAAACUAUAUAUAUAUUUAUAACGAAGAAAGGUUUGAUUGGGUUUAUACAAACUUGCAAGAAAGCAAUAUUGGCGGUCCUUCCUCAAGAGUAUCGUUAUAACCGGCAUCUACUGUAUUUAUUACCUCCUUUCUCACAAAGUUACGUCGUUGCAAAGCGACGCGGAGUUCGGCGGCAGCAAAAAAUGUACUGGCCGGAGUUACGCCCCUCAAAAUAUGUUUUUUAUCUAUCAAUCCAAUUAAAGACCGGUACCGGUAAAAAUCAUGCACAAA